AUGUUGAUUCUAUCCUCAUUGACGGUACUCUUCGGCAUUGCGGUGGCGAACCUGGGCUCGUACCGGAACUUCACCCAGACCUGCGAGAGCGUCUAUUCCCACGGCGAGGAGCACAGAAACAUCAGCGCUGUCUGCAGUCGGGAUGCGACCGUCUCCCACCUGGAUCUGAAUGAUUGCAUUGGAAACGUCCAGGGCCAGCUUGUUUGUUCGCAUGGUAAUUACCUCGAUACCUGCUGGGACUGCACUUUCACCCAAAGCGGUGUACAUGAGGCUGCGUGGCUGGAGUGCACCUGUGACACAAACACAGGCAUAUCUGAGAGGAUAGCUAAGGACCUCGACUAA